AUGUCCAUGCUCCUCCGUGCCGCCCCCCUCCGCGUCGCCGCCCGCCGCCAGGCCUUCCAGGUCCGCAACGCUCACUUCGAGAACGUCGUCGACCACACCAUCCCCGGCAACACCCGCAACAAGGCUGGUAUGGCCGCCAAGAUGAUCACCUACACCAUCUGCGGCUUCGGUCUCCCCUUCGUGAGUGCAAACGAGAGCGCCAAGAGGUCGGCGUGGUGUGUGCAGGAUCACAUGGCUGGCUUCUGUCUCGGCUAA